CCCCAAUAUCUUUUCCUUUUUCCCCUCUUCACUCUCAGUUUCAGUCUCGCUUUCUGAGAAGAGCGCCAAAUUAGGGUUAGGUUAGGGUUUAACCAUUCCUACACUCAAUCGUCAAUCUCUUCCAAAUUCCAAUCCCAAUCGCAAUGGAUCCGACUAAGAAGCGCAAGCUUGAUGAGAAUGGUUUCGGUGAUUCCGACCCCCUUAAACUCUCUUCCACCGAGGCGCGCAAACUCAUCGAGCGCUUCACCCCGGAGCAGCUUCUCGACAUCCUUCAGGAUGCGGUGGCUCGCCACGCUGACGUGCUUGCCUCCGUGCGUGCUGUCGCGGACCCCGAUGUGUCGCAGCGGAAACUAUUCGUGCGCGGCCUUGGGUGGGACACCACCACAGACGGCCUCCGCUCACUCUUCUCCACCUACGGUGAGCUUGAGGAGGCUGUUGUGAUCGUUGACAAGGUAACCGGAAAGUCCAAGGGCUACGGCUUUGUCACCUUCCGCCACGUGGACGGUGCUCUCCUCGCCCUCCGCGAACCAAGCAAGCGCAUUGACGGGCGCGUGACCGUCACGCAGCUCGCUGCAGCGGGGAACUCCGCUUCGAAUGCCAACGCAGCCGAUGUUGGGCUCAGGAAGAUCUACGUUGCCAACGUGCCACCUGACCUUCCAGCGGACAAGCUCCUUGCGCAUUUUUCUGUGUAUGGUGAGAUCGAAGAGGGACCCUUAGGGUUUGAUAAACAAACUGGAAAAUCAAAGGGGUUUGCGCUUUUUGUUUAUAAGACUCCUGAAGGGGCUCAAGCUGCGUUAUUAGAUCCUGUCAAGACUGUGGAAGGAAGGCAAUUGAGUUGUAAACUGGCGAUAACGGAUGGUAAGCAAGGGAAGCGAGCCGGACCAGAUUCGGGUCAGGCCCAUGGGAAUGUUCAGCACGGUCAUGGGGAUGGAGUCGGGGCUGGAAUGGGGAUGCCUCCUGCAGCGGGGUCUGGGCCGGGGCAGUAUGGCGGCCCGCAAUAUGGGGGACCGGUUGGGUUGGGUUCGUAUGGUGGGUUUGGUGGACAACCUCCGUUAGGUAACCAUAAUCAUCCUCUGAAUUCAUCCAAUCCCGUACCCGGUUCUAUGGCGGGUGCUGGUGGUUAUGGUGCUGGGAUGGGUGGGCCUUAUGGUGGAUACGGUGGGCCGGGCUCUGCGGGAUUUGGUGCUGCGGGUGGGUUAGGAGGGGCUGGUGGAGGUGCUGGUGUUGGUGGUGGGCUUGGAGGAGCAAGUGGUGGUGCUGGUUCUUUGUAUAGAUUGCCUGGUUCUGGUGGCAUGCCUGCAGGUGGUGGAGGGUAUCCGGAGGGUGGUCAUUAUGGUUUAUCAGGUUCGGCUGGAUACCAGAACCAGCAUCAUCCUCCUUCUGGUGCUUCUCCAGUGCCUAGAGUUCCACCUGGUUCGAUGUACCCCAGUGUGCCUCCUUACUACUAAAGAGAGAACCCCUAAACAGAACAAAUAAGUGGGUCUGUACUAAUCACUGUCAUUGGCUGUAUUUCUGGUAAAAUGUUGCUCCACUCGACAUGUUGGUUGCGUACAUCUGGUUGGUUGAACGUGAUGUGGCGGAGCUUAACUGAUUAAAUAAAGUAAGAAACAGUGGUCCCGUUUGAAUCUUCAAACGUGGUUGGCAUGGAAGAAUUGAGAAUGCGAUUGCAGACUUGUGGUAGCAGAGGGGUAUACGUGCACUAUGAAUGGGCGCUGCAAUUUCUGACAUCUGAUGCCUGUACCUUUCACUCAGUUUCGUCUUAACUAUUAAAAGUUUCUUUUUACGUAAUAUUUUCAAGCUAUUAAUAGAAUUAAUCAGUAUUGCCACGUUUUAUGACAUUUGAGAGAUGAAGUUAUGUAUGGUUGGCUCAAUUAUUGCAGUUGUUUUUUUUGUAUAUAUUAAAAUUAUGUACU